AACGCCUCCGCGCAGAGCGCCCCGGUGAACGGCACCGCGGCUGCGCCGCCGCUGGCCGCGGCGCCUCCGCCGCUGCAGGACCGCGAGAUCAGCAGCGAUGGCUGCUUCAUUCGCGGAGGCGACCUCGUCGGGUGCGCGGUGAACCCCGCGUGCACGUGCGGCUGGUCGAAGCACUGCUACCCGAGGCCUCUGAGGCCGGGCGAGGCGCCGCUUCCCGGCCUCGCGGGCGGGAGCUCCGCCCCGGAGGACCUGAGGACGUCGGGGCCUGCGGCCCCUCGAUGGCGGCGCUGUCGCUGCUGUCGAUGCUGGCGUUUACAUUCCUGCUCCUGGGCACCGUGUCGCUGCGCAUCUGGUUGCAGUGGAAGGAGGUUGCCUCCGAGUCCGUGACGGUGUCUGCGCCGCCUCCGAUCCAGGUCAUCUGA